AUGAAAAUAUUAAUGGAAGGCCACGGAAGUCGGAAUGGAAUUUGCGAAAGAUUUACAAAACGCAAUGAAACAGAUCGAAACCACCACCCUAUCCCUCUAUUGGCUAAUGGACCAGGUACUGGCAAGAGCCGAUUCCUACAGGAGAUUCCAACUUUAUUACGUGAACAAAUCGAAAAUUAUAGGAUGUAUGCCGUAAAUGUUACCUUUGGCAACGGUACUCCUGCAAAGUCGGUAGAUGUACCUAUUGACGAAACAUCAGUCGCAUUGAGAAUUCUAUAUGAACAUUUUAUCUCCGGUGGAACUUAUGACUAUGAAAAAUUUGUGAGGAUGUGUGGCGAAAAUUAUAAAAUCACGAUUAGUGGUGCACUUGAUGUUGUUCUCAAGGAUAUUGACACUGAUAUUAGCAUGAUUAUCCUCGGCAUUGAUGAACUAAACAAUCUUCACAAAUUGUACACAGAAUUUAAAUCAACAAAAUCCACCGGAACAAUCCAAGGUCCUCUUGAAGAAAUGUUCAAGGGAUCAACUUAUCGUUAUUUACCACUUCGCCUUCUUCAGAGUCAGGAGGUACAAG